GUGGAGGAGGCGGCGGUGGCCGGGGAUGUGGCGGCUGAGGCGGCGGCGGCGGCACCUGAGGCAGCGACCCAGCACCGUCUCUGAGUGAAGCAUGUUGAAUCGUGGAAGUUAAGUGCCAAGACACCAAGAAUGAGUGUUACUUCGUGGUUCCUGGUGAGCAGCUGUGGCUCUCGCCACCGACUCCCAAAAGAAAUGAUUUUUGUUGGGCGAGAAGAUUGUGAAUUAAUGCUUCAGUCUCGCAGUGUAGACAAGCAGCACGCAGUAAUCAACUAUGAAACAGCUACAGAUGAACACCGGGUAAAGGACCUUGGAAGUCUGAAUGGGACCUUUGUAAAUGAUGUGAGGAUUCCUGACCAAAUGUACGUAACGCUGAAAGUGAAUGACACGGUUCGAUUUGGAUAUGAUUCAAACAUGUAUAUGUUGGAAAAAAGUACACACAUAGUCCCUGAAGAGGCUCUAAAGCAUGAGAAAUAUACCAGUCAAUUUCAGAUACAGGUGAAAGCGGCAGAGGACAAGAAGGCCGAACAAUCUGAUAUGGGGCAGGAGCAGUCAAGUACAAAAUUGGAGUCACCACAACAAAAUCUUGAAAAGACUGAGAAGAAAGAAAGUGCCACAAUUAGACCUACUCCUCUGUACGGCCAACCAUCGUGGUGGGGUGAUGAUGAUGUAGACAAUAAAGGAGGAAGAAGUGAACUGAAGAAAACAGAUUCUAGCAAAGAUAAUUCCAAAGAGACCUCAAGAAAUGAGCAAGAAAUUAAUGGAAACCAUACUGAUUAUAAGGACUUUGAAGAAAAAUCUGUUUAUUCGUUUCGCAGAGAACCCAGCUACUUUGAAAUUCCAACAAAAGAAUUUCAACAGCCAUCCAAGUCUCCAGACUGCGAAGUUCAUGAAAUUCCAACAAAGGACACUGAUACAAUUCCGUCACCUCGCAUUCAGAGUCAUGCUUCCUUCACUAUUGAGUUUGAUGAUGAUACCCCAGGCAAAAUGAAAAUUAAGGACCAUGUAACUAAGUUUCCCUCAAGACCGAGAAAGGCUCAACAGAUUGAAAAAGUUCCUGUGCAGGGAGAUGUACUCUCAGCAGAGAAUAAAGUGGUUGACUGGCUGGUUCAGAAUGACCCAAGCUUAAUGCUGAAGAGACAGGCAUCAAGAGAUAUUUAUAUCGCCAAGAGUGAUUACCAGGUUCAGACAAAGGCUCUAAAAGGUUAUAGACAUGAAGAUGGGACUCAAAGUGAUUCAGAGAAUCAAAUAGUAUCUCAACAACAGGAUAAAGGAGACUCACCCCUGGAUUCUCCUCCAGAGCAAAUGACGAGUUACAGUGAUAGUAAAAUGUGUCAGCUCCAACAUGACCAACAAGACAUGCCCGUGGGUCAGCAAGCCUUUGUUAUUGAAUUCUUUGACGAUGAUAAUCCUCGUAAACGUAGAGCACACUCUUUUACACAAAACGCAAGUGCCAUGCACAAUGAUUCUUAUAUUGCUCUUAGAGCUAAACUAGAAAAACGAAAAGGCACUUCAACCUGUGAGAAGGUUGCAGUACAGCAAGCACAAUCAUUAGUGCAAACGAACAAAUCUACCGCUAGUUCGUCACUUCCCCAAAGGUCUAAUUCUCUAAAGAGAGAAAAGACUGAAGAACGAUUAGGUGCCUCUGCUACCUCAAGCUUCAAAGGUUCACUUCGGAGCUUUGGGAGUGUAGGACGAAAAAGUAAACUCAGCCAGGAGUUUGCUGCUGAACUAUUAAAAGAAACUGCAAAAAGUGUUAAAGUAGAAAAAACAGAUCCUGUUCCUGUGACAGUUGCACAUGUGCCAGUGGCAGCACCUUUACCAGAAACACCAGUAUCAGCACCAACAACUUCAACAAAGGCAACCUUGAAACUAAUUGAUUCAGCAAAGCCAAUCUCCAAACAGGGUGAUCAAGAUAGUUUAAGUGACACUGGCACUUAUACUAUUGAAACAGAUGCUCAGGACAAAGAGGUUGAAGAAGCUCGUAAGAUGAUAGAUAAGGUGUUUGGUGUUUUUGAAUCAUCUGACUUUUCCGGAAUUAGCUCUGAAAUUUAUAGACCUGUAAUCUGUGAUGAAGAUUCUCCUACACUAAGGGAUGAGGAUAAUGUGUGUAAUCAAAAUGCUAGCACCAUUUACCAGCAAACACCUACAUUACAGGCGUAUCGCACUACAGCCAUUACUGGCUCUGAUACUGUGCCACAGGCGCGUCCAGUCGGCCCCAUAUACCCGGCAUCUCAGAAGUGGGUCUCAAGAUGGGCAAGCCUGGCUGAUGGCUAUAAUGGCACGGUGCCAGUUACUGGGUUCCAGGACCUUCAAGGGAAAGACGCAGCUACAGUUGAUAUUGGAACGUACAGCAAGAGCAUUGAAACCCUGGAUUCAGAUGCAACGUCAACAACCAGCCAGUCGUCACGGAAACGUCGAACACUUCCACAGUUGCCACCCAGUGAAAAACUUGAUAUUCCAAAAGCAAAAGACUUUCUGCAGCAACGCUCGCCUCCUAGUUCUGAAUCAAUAAAGAAAUUAGAAAUGGAUUUACGGUCCUUUCCACAGCCUCAUGAAAGAUUGUUUAUUCGUGAAGACAAAGACUUGGAGCCUGACAGUUUGAGCGAUGAUGAUAAGCCUGAUGACUCUUCCCAUGUUGUAAAAGGGAAGGGUAGGAAGUAUAGAAUUUCCAGGGCCAUUAGGAAAUUGCAUCAAGACCAGACGUGGAAUGAUCAGGGGACAUCUGAGGAAGGGCCACUGGUGACUGAUGCAUACACACAAUGCACAGCCAAAGAGCUUUCAGAUUCAAGUGGCACUAAAUGCGUCUCAGAACAUAAUCUGAAAUCGGCUUCCUAUAGUACAAAAGAAAAAAUGUUGGAAAGCCCUUCUAAUCAAACUUCAGUAGCUAAAGUGAUAUUAACAAACUUUGAAAAAAAGACUAAAGAACGAGAUUUUAGCUCAAAAUCAUCUACUGUUUCAUCCUCUACAAGAUCUGGUCUGGAUAUCAAUAAGACUGUUAUGGAAAGCAUUGAUACAAUUAGCUCCACCAGUAAAACAACUCGAAUAAAUAAUAGAAGUCCCUCACAGGAAAGAAAGAAGAUGUCGACAAGAGAUUCCCGCGUAUCUGUUAUCAGACAAGAAAGCUUUACUAAAGACAGACCAAGUAUUGAUACUGCAACUUAUAAAGUUCCUACUAUUUCAAGCCAGAUGUCAGUUAAAGAUCAUACAAGAAGCUCCCACAGAACAGAAAGCACAGAGGACACUCAUCUCUUUCUGAAGGAUACCGAAGAUGCAAUGGCAGCCUUAGAAGCAAAGCUCCAGUCUCAAGACUUCCAUUUUAGUCAACAAGAAAGUAAUUCCCAUGUCCAAGGUGAUUCCUUCUCUGGAGAAUCAGAUAAUGACACAACCAGUUCUGUAAGUUUGAAAAGUAAAAAUACAACUAGUUCUGUGCAGAAACAGAAAAACGUAACUGGUGCGCACAAAGGGAAAACGGCCACAUCAGUUCAAGGGCAUCCACAGCAGGCCAAUGCUCGGGAAAGACUGUCGGAGAAGCGCCAAGCCCAGGUUCUGGAUUCAACCAAUAAAUCGGACAGUAGUCGGCGUUUUCAGUUGAAACGUAGCACAGGAUCGCGUGGCUCCACAGACUUCACUGACGACGAGAGGUCCACCAGCCUUCCAUAUGUACCAACGACAGACACAGUCUCUUCUGAUCAGGAGCACUCUCAGACCAGUAAAUCUCAAAUGCGCAAAAGAUUUUCUGGUUCUCUGCGCACAAAGGAGGAUUUGAACAAGACAGCGAAAGCUUCAGUGCAAACAACUCUAACCCGAUCGAACAGCCUCUCGACGCCCAGGCCAACCAGAGCAUCUCUGCUGCGCCGGGCUCGGCUCGGGGAUACUUCAGACAAUGAGGGUGCAGAUGUGGACAAAUCUUCAUUGGCUUCAGAAUUGUCCACCGCAAGUUCUACCUCUUCAAAGCAGCCAACUGAUAAGAAAUUAUCACGGCUUGAUAUGCUGGCGCUGCCACGAAAACGAGCAGGUUCAUUCACUGUAAACAGCGACACGGAAACUUCAGUGCUGAGGAGCAGCUUUAGUAUGAAAAGUGUUGAUUUAACUGCUACAAGUCGCAAGUCAACCAGCACUGAUUCAAAAACUGCAUCCAGAAAAACUACUACAAACACAGUGAAACAGACGAGAGGUCGUGGUAAUGGUACAAAAUCAGCUUCUAACUCAAGAUGGAGGCAACAAACUUCAGAUUACACUUCUACUUCAGAGGAGGAGUAUAACUCAAAUCACACUUCUCCUAAACACAACCGCUUGCAUGCCUCAACAGCUACCCACAGCAGUAGAGCACAAUCUUCCAAUUCAGGGAGAACAAGACAAAACGUGAAUGAUGUUGACGAUCCGUAUGAAAACUGGACUACACACAGUGCAGAAAUUGCAAGACUCAGCCAAGAUUUAGCUAAAGAUUUGGCAAUCCUUGCCAGAGAGAUUCAUGAUGUGGCAGGAGAUGGAGAUUCUUUAAGUUCAUUACCAACUACAUCCACCCUUGGCUCCACAAUUUCAGCUAGAGAAGAGAUUCCAAAACCAUCAUCACGGGCAUCCCAUAACUCACAGUUGGUGCAACACAUUCCUGAAGCAAGUCUGAACUUCCAGAAGGUUCCUCCAGAAUCUUCGGGAAUUAGGAAAAAUUUGGAUCAAAAUAUGAAUGAUAGCAAAGAUCCAGAUUCAAAAAGAAGAAGCUGGAACAGAGAAGAGGUCAUACUGGAUAAUCUGAUGUGGAACUCAGUUUCCCAGUUGUCACAGUAUAUACGUGAAAAUAUGGAACAGACAGCAGCAAAAAUCAAAAUUCUGUUUCAAAAUAAAGAUAGAAACUGGGAAGAAAUUGAGGCCAAAAUGAACUCUGAAGAUGAAGUGCCAAUUCUCAAAACAUCAAAUAAGGAAAUAUCUUCAAUUUUUAAAGACUUGAGAAGAGUUCAAAAGCAAUUGGAUGUGAUCAAUACAAUCAUCGACCCUGAUGGAUCUCUGGAUGCCUUGACUACUAAUCAGAUGUCACCAACUUCUGCUUCAUCAAUGAAGAUAAAAGAAAGGACUGGUAAUACAAUGAUCUCCCCAAACGAUUUGCCAAAAUCAACAACUCGGAUGCUAAUGGCAUAUGCCCAUCAGGGCCCUAAACUAUCCCAAAUGUCAUCUGAUGCUGACAGCAUUGACUCUGAUUCUGAGUGUAAUACUCAAUACACCAUUGUUGAGCCAAAUAUGGAAGAUACCAUCACAAUGCUUUGAAAGAGCAUGUUUUGUUUUGGCCAUUAUUGUGCCAGUGUGCAUUGUCAUUGUUGCUAUGUGAGUGUGAUUGUGGAAAAAAAAUGUAUAGAAUAACGUUGUGACUGACAUAUUGCACAAAAAAAAGCUUUUUGAAAAAAUGUAAAUUAGCAAAAAAAUACAUAGCUAGGUUGCGUUACACUGUGGCAAUGUACAUCUGGCGUUAGUGCAAAAGGAAACUGACUGACACUGAAAACACUUGAGUUUGGGGCUAAAUCGUGCCAUUGAAUAAUAUGUAACUGCCAUGCACUGAAGAACACUAGUUCCACAACUUCCGUCCUGCAUGUCAAGUUCAGCACCAACUUAAUGAUUGAACAAUAGCUUCAUGUUUAACAAGUUGUUACAUUCAUUGUUCUUUGUUUUUUUAUAUCAUGUUAUGAUAUGGACAGGACCGAUAUUUAACAUAGUGGUGUUUGCAAUAUUAGUUAAAUGUUUUGAGAGGGAGAGCAAUCAAUCAUUUUCCUCUAAACUAAUCUUUAUUUGAUUAUAAACAUAUGUAAUAGUUGAUUAGUUAUAUUCCGAUCAAGCUUGUGGUAUUCUUUGGUCACCUUGGUACUGUGCAUGAAUACAUAAGGUUUUCAAAUCCUAUUCUGAUGUUGAACAGGCUUUAAUUUUGAUGGAGAAAAUCUAUACAAAUCACGUCAAUAAUACAAUUGUGAGCCUUCCAGACAAUUUGAAUUGUAACCACUUAAGAUUAACACAACCUGCUCAGCCAGUAAAUCCUGUGAGAGCAAAGUUGGGACUUUCCAACUAGAAACAGUAAUGCACAAACAUUUAUCCCAUACUUUGAAAUAUCAAGGUGUAUCUUGCAAAAUGCUGCACUUGGAACUAUUUUCAGUUGUGUGUGUGUGUGUGUUUUAAGAGGUGUUUUCAUUCAAGCUGUCCUCCACUUAACAUGCUUGCCUUUGCCCCUCACACUAUCCUCUUUCAGCUGGGCAUGCACACAUUCUUCCAUGAAGUUGCCAUAGAAAUAGCUAACUCCAAUAUCGUAGAUUAACUGGCAGCUUGCCUUUGUGCAUAGUUUAACCUGCAUUGAUUUAUCAUGCCAAUGAUCACAGAAUUCUUUCAAAGGGAAGAAUUUGUCCGAGCGAUAUUUGAACUUGGGAUAACAUGCAUGAUGGUUUAAAAUUGUAAAAUCAGAAUUCGCAAAGAACAAAAAGUAACCUUAAUUUUGGAAAAGUUUCUUUAAUAAUGAGAAAAUAUUUCCUGUUCUUUAUGGGCAGAAACAUUUGUACUUACAAGCUUCAGAAAUUUAAUGCACAAGUUCUGUAGCUCUAACCAAACAAUACUCAAUAAUUUGUUUUCUAUGAUAUCCUCAACAGAACUGAAACAUGCAUUGAAUUUUUGCACGGUAAAGACACUAAAAAUUCUGAUUUUAGUUACAAAAAUCCUUUUAUGCUGCUAUUACCAAAAUGUGUAAACAAUAGCAGCAAUGUUCUGUGAUAAUUGGAACGAUAAAUUAUAUUGUAAACGCCUGUACUGGUAACUGUGACAAGUUAUUUAGGUGGUUUGGUUCUUAUAAAGUUUGUCGUCAUGAUAGGCGAUCCACCCGACCUAUGACAGAGUUAGAGCCAAAGAUCUUAGCAUCUCGCCUGUAUUUUCUUUAAAUUCACUCUCUUACAUCAGUUGGUUUAAUAAUACUUCCACAAGGCCAUGGAUCAGUUCUUGCAAUGAUUAUGCACCUUCAUAUUACCGUCUCCUGAAACAUUAUAAGUAAACAGAUGAGAGUGUCAGGCCACUUGUUGUCCACAACAUAAUGCAUGAUCAUAAAUAUGGCAUCUGUGGAUUAUGUGUGUGUAUUCAUGUCUGUAUGCUGCAUAUGUAUUGUUUUGUUUCAGCAUAGGUUUGACUCCUCACCACAAAGAACAAAAGCUGUUUUUUGAGGGUAGAUGCAAGUUAUUUUGGUGGCAUGCCAGCCAAGAAUUAUCAGUGACUAAUCUUUCAUGUGGGCAGCACUGCUAUGUUUGAUGUGAAUUUUUCUGCACUUCACCCCAGUGUGCAGCUAUUAUUCUACAUCUGCCUUUAAUCUCGUGUGCACUGUAGGCAUCUGUGAGGUGUGAGAAUUUGAAGACAAGAAGUAUUUUUUUUUUGGAUGGAGUUGUCUUCUACUUGUCUUCCACAUAACAGUUAGAUUAUAAAUUUAAAUGGUAACAGAAAAGUGAAGUUAUAUUGUCCAAAUCUCAGUCCCUUUUUAAUGUACAUGCAGCAGACGGUUAGAUACUACCGGGGUUUUUUUUAAGUACAUAUUGUGGCCCCUCAGCUUGGUCCAGAUUUGACUUGUUGCUCUCAGUAAAUACACUGACUUUAUGGAAACAAUAUAUUAUCAUCUCCUUUCACUGUGAGUUAAAUUAACAGCAGCAUUGCAAGUUUGGUGCAGCAGUAUUUGAACAUGUUUAUUGUAUGUUGCUUUAAUAGUGUCUCCUGUACGUUCAUAAUUUACAUUUCACGAGGACUUUGCUAUUUUAAUAGUUGACUGAAAACAAUUUUGCCAAACAGUUUGGAAGAUUCUGAAUCAGAAACUGAUAUCCAAAAUGAUUAGUUAGUUUAAAAAUCAGAUUGUAGUAUGCUUACACUAAAUUUUCAUCACUGCAGAAAAAAAAUGUAAUUCCUUCAAUAUUGUUGUACACUGUUCAUAAGUAAUGCCCUGUGCUGAAGUGUCUUAAGCACUUGUUGCUAGCCUGCUGAUCCUGUAUUGUCUCUUCAGUGGCACAUUUAUUAUUUUACUUGCAACAAAUUCUAUUUAAAUGAGAAAUGGCAAUCAUGCCGCAUUUGAUUUCAAACUGGAUCAUGCCAAUCUUGAAAUGUUGUAUUUCUGUACACGCUCCAGCUUUGAUUUUGUUUUGUAUAUCACUUUUUGCACAAUUGUACAAAGCUGAACAUACUUGGCUUUCUUCCAUUUUUGGCCAGUUUCAACGAUGUAAUUUAUUUUGUUGCCUUAUAAUGAAUAUCAUGUGUAAAUUUUGUUGAGAUGAAAGCAUUUGAUUUUUAAAUUGUUUUGCACACGCUAGAACUUUAAAUUUCUAUUUAAUUUUUCCGUAGAAUCAAAUGACAAUAAACCAUUCUUCAUAGCA